AUGGCUGCCUCAACAAACCCCUCCACCUCCUCCUCCUCCUACACCACCACUCCGCAGACCUACCACACCGACAAAACAUCAGCCUAUCUCCUCCCCAACUCCUCCCCAGAACAUGACCGUCUCAACACCCAAGCCGCCCACCUCCGCGCCAUUAUGAACGACCAAAUCAUCCACUCUCCUCUCCCUCCCUCCACACCCAACCUCCGCAUCCUCGACGUCGGCUGCGGCACCGGAAUCGUCACCCGAGACCUGGCCCUCCGCUUUCCCAACGCCGAAGUCUGGGGUCUAGACUUAUCCGACGUCCCGCCCCCUCGCGCAGAAGACGGUCCCUUCCCAUCCAACAUCAAAGGGCGGGGAUUGGAUCCCCGUUCGGCGAGCAAGGCUCAUACGUGGAUGGCGGAGGCGGGGUUCCGGGAUGUGGUGGUAAAGCAGUACCGGUGGCCGUUUGGAGGGGAGUGGGAGGAGGACGAGAAGUGGAAGGCGUGGGGCGACUAUGUGGCGACGUCGAUGCCGGAGCUGUUUUGGGUGAUGAUUGGGAGGAUCCUCGAAGGUACAGCGGGGAAGGAGGUAGUGGAGAGGACGAGGGAGCAGAUGAUGGCGGAUUUGAGGCCGGAGAAGGGUAAGGAAUGGAGGAUGAGCGUUGUUGUGGGGAGGAAAGCCGGUGAGGAGUAA